UUACGGCGCAGUCCUUGUUCAGAUUUUAACGCGUAUGGAACCCUACUGACAAAUCCGACGAUUGUCACGGAAUUGGGAUUGCUGAAGUGUGUGGAGUGAAACGUGUAGCGUUGAGGGCAAGGAUAAACUUGCAGAAGGCGAAAGGAUACACGUGGUGCAGUGACGGUGGAAAACCUAUAGCGAAAAAAAAGACCGCAGAGAGGCUCGCAAGUCCAUAGUUGCACUAGGCAGAGAGUUCGGAGAGCACCGCCAGGAAAGAUAAAGUUUAAUUCUGUCUAACAUAUUCGAGCCCCGCCCUGAGAAUUACAAAACCAGCUGCAGGGAAAGUUUUAUCUUUAGUAUUUUAUUGCAAUUUUGCAUCUGGUUUAGGCAUUUCGAACGCGAUUCGAGCCAUUUAUAAGUGAACACUCCGAUUUGGAUUGCAGCAGCUUUUGGCGAUAUUUACAGAAAAUUUGGCAGUGUUUCAUCUCGUCCAGUGAGAGCGAGAGUGUUUGUAGCAGUGGAAGAAAUUAUCCAGACUUAGUAUUGUCGCAGCCGUUCUCAAAUACUAUCGUGAAAAGAAAAAUUUGCUCAUCUCGGUCUGCCGAAAAGAAGCCGGCAGCUGUCAAAAAGUGUGAAAAUCGAAAAUCGAAAUUCCUGAAACCGUUCCCCUUCAGAGGAUUUUCUUCUUCAGUGUUUCGGUGCCCGCACAAAUAAGCCGAGCAAAAUGUUGAUUGGAUUAGUCCGAGAUUCGGUAAUGCAGUGCUUCUGCCACACAUGCCGAGCACCAAUUCUGCCGGCAGUGAAUCGUCGCUCAGCCCCCACAAAGAAACCGCUAAAGGCGCGGACUAAGCAGCCAAAGGCGUCGAAGAAAGUCAAAUUUAUCACUACCGAAAUCCGGUGCCAGGAAAAGUCCAAGGGUGGCCUCUGCUACGAGGUGAUCCUGGCGGAGCCGACCAUCAACGUGACACUGCCAAAGUUGCCGCCGACGACCCCGGGCAAACCCGUCUCGGUGGACGAAAUCGAGGAGAAGCUAAAAGCGGCCGAAGAACGGCGACUAUCGCUGGAAGCCAAGAAGAUGGCCGACUGGUCCGCCAAGAUGGCCAAAAUCGAAGAGGCUUCGCGCAAAAAGGACGAACUGGACAAGGAGUUCAAAACGCACUCCAAAGAGAUGCUGGAGCAGAAGAUGGAACAGUACGAGGAGAAGCGGGUGGCUCAGAUUACCGAGAUCAAGGAGAAGUUGAAGAUGCAUGCGGCCGAGAUCGAAAAAACGCGACACAGCCUGGAACACACAAAGUCGGAAGAGCUGAAGGCGCAGUUGGAGGACAAGAUGCGAACUGCCGCCACAUUGCGUGACGAUAAGAUCAAAAAGAUUCUGGACCGAUUAAAGGAACAUAACACCGACAAGCUGAACGAGGUGCGAGCCACCGUGGAGUCGCUCGAGUCGCAAAAAACCGAAGAGAAGACCCGCAUUAUCGAGAACAAACUGUCAACCGCGGAGCAGAACCGCGAGAAGGAGCUCCAGAAGAAGCUGGAAAACAUUCGCAAACACGAACGACGUGCCGAGGUAGUGCGCCAGAACAAGGCCGCCAUAGAAGCCCAGAAGGAUUCCAACGACAGUGUCACGGCUUCAUCCGGCUAAGCUCCCAUCGGAAACAUCUAACGAGCUUCCUUCUUUUUCAUCCUUCUUUCUCUUGCUCCUUGAUAGAAACUACACAAACGCAAAUAAACACAAACUACACAUUCACACCCCGGAAGAACAGCAGGAAUGAAAUGAAAGUCAACACACAACCAACCCUCACACAAUGUUCACCUUUUAACACUGAAUACAGUUAAUUGUACCCAAUAUUAAUUCCUCGUAUAACCAAAAUUAAUCUUAACUAGCAAGAAAAAACUCAAUAGUCUACGAACAAAAGCGGGUGUCUAGAAUUUCGACACGGCAAUUGCAUAGCGAGGCAGACCAUCAAUGAAUGCUACAACAACAAUAAGUUCAAUCACCAAUCUUACUAAUGUGUAAUCAGAAUUAUAUCAAACAAAAAACCCUACUAGCUGAGCGCUGAACUGCUAGCUCUCCUGUUGGCGAUUCAAAGAAUAGGACUCUUAAUAGAAGGGCAUACUUGCACCUGAGCUACGGAAUAAAUAGCCAUUUAACUAACCAUUGGAUUGUUUAUCGAAUAAGAGCGCAAAAGAAUGAAGAGUCGUCUAGUAGAGCAGAAAUCAGAUUACCAAACAGGUUAAAAAAUAGAUAGAAAACAAAUGAGAAUGGUACCAGGACAGUUCUUACAAAGUAAUAAAAAAAAGUUUCUAUGCAUAACAAUGAUUGAAAUGAAUUUAUAACAAACUAAAAAACAAAAACAAAACACAAGUAAACUAGAACAAAAAUGUAUGCUCUUUUCUAGGAAGCAGCUGCUCGAUAAGAAAACAAAAUAAUUGCGCAAACUCUAUGCUACACUUGAUGAAAGUUAAAGACGAUUUACACACACUGUGGAUGGAAAUAUCUUUUUUUUGAGGCUACAAGCAUGAACACCACAGGCUUAGGCUAAAAUUUAUGGAUGCACUUUGUUUAAAAUAGAAGAAACGAUGUUUUGUAUUCAAUUUUUCAGUUAAUCAUUCAAGUUGUUUGAAAUAUAAACGGAUUAUAGCCCAGAAUCACAUUUGCUAGAAUAAAGACUAGAACUCUAUCUAAGAACGAUGAUAAUUUCCGCUUUGGUUCUGCGUCAAUAUUCCUAAAACCAAUUGGUGACAAUAUGAACUCACAGAUAAAAUUCAAAAUACAAAAACAAUGAAACAAAUACAACGUUUGCAGGUAAAAACAAAGCUCGUCCGAAAACUGUUCAACAAACAACGUAGAAAUGUUUUUGGAACCUAAAAUUUUGGGAAUGAAUUAGUCACAUACGACAACUGUAUUAGGAGCUAUAACUGCCGAAAUACAAUGAUUCCAACCAACAAUAACUAGUUAAGCCAAACUUAAUUUUUUCUUGAAUGGUUCAGUUGGGAAAUCAUUUAAUUUCUCUAAAAACACAGAUGGAAAUAGCUGGGACAAAUGUCGAUUCAUGGAAAAGGUAUAUUUUGGGACGGGAAAAUAUUAAAAUUACAUAUUUAUCUUUCAGACGAUAGUUACUUAAAGGAAGAGAACAGGCAUAGUAGAUGAGGAUUGAACUUGAGCAUCGAUUUUGUUGGAAAGGUGCAAGCAAUUCGGAGACGCAAUUACUAGGCAGAUUUCCCCCAAAAAAAUUCUUCAGCCCAGUCAGUGUUAGGAAGUUAAUGAGAAGGAAGCACGGUUUAUUUUUCUAUAAGCGAUUGUUUAAAAUCUCGAACCACUAUGUUUAAUUGUAACCAUACUAUUGAUUAAUGCUAAUUGAUUAUAGACUAAGAAAAAAAAAACAAAUAAACUUACACAAAGAAAAGAAUAAAAAAAUAACAUUAUAUACCUUCAUUCAUAUUGCAACGCCUCUGUGCCGCCUUUUUACAAUUUCAUUUGAACUUAAUACUAACCAAUGAUAUUAUUUUUAUAUUUAUAUAGGUAUAUACUUAAAAAUGCGAGAGCGAAGAAAGGAAACAUUUUAGUUUCCUUUGCACCCUUAAGGGGAAAGAUAAAGUAAAUAGAUGAACCUUUUCUUAAUCAUUUUUCGUUGCGCUUUAGGAACAAGAAUAUGCUAAAAUUGAAAACGGAAACAGAAUGAUAGGAUUGGUGUUAGCGUGGUGCUUAGAGGUUAUGUAUGAUUUUGCGUCGAUCUUUUAAGAAAUUCCAGCCCAAGUUUGCUCAUGUAAGACAAGAUGUUUUUUCCUGUCAAAAGAUGAUUAAACAUUUGCUAAUUUCGGUUGGAAGAUUGACAACCUAUGAACAUCUUUCACCAUGCAAGCCAACGUUGAUUGGCUGAAAAUUUCUUUUUUUAUCUUAUUCUAUUAGCAAAAUAAGUGCUUAAAAACUCGUUUAAAUAACCCGCCUUGUGUAACUGCAAAAUAUAUCAAGAAAAAGCGUCGCUUUGUCAGAGUCUGUAAUUUAGCAAACGAUCUGGAGAAAAAGAGAGAGCUUAUGGUAUUUGAAUUUCCGGCCGGUUUCCGGCAAAUCCAAUUUGUUCUACCGAAACUUACUUUCCUAUCGGACAAAGCCUAAGCGCCAAACAUUAAUGUCUCUGUAACGCAAUUAAAAUUUUCAGUCCAUAGAAAGGAUCUAUAAACAAAUGUAUUCCAUCAACCAGUUAUGUUGCGAAAAAAGUCCCCGAUCGAGGACAAGAAGCGGGGAACAUAAACAAUUAUUUAAAAUCAAGAAUGCACAAAAUAUUCUGCAAAUGAUAAAAACACCCAGCAAAGCUCCAACACAGAAUAGACUUGCCGAAAGUGUGCUAAGUUGUGCUUACGGAAUGGAAACUCCCCAAAUAAAUAGCAUAAAUUGUAUUAAAAUUAGCUCAAAUAUGUUGUAAGCAAAAAAAACGGAAUCGAUGUGCGUGUGGUGCAAAAUGCUAGAACGGAAUUUUACAGACUGGUUUACCCAAAACAAAAAUGGAAGACAAAAAAGACAAACAUCAACUUAUUGAAAUAUUGUAGCUUGAUCGUUUUUUAGUUUGGAUUACCGAAAAUUUGUGUUAACGCUGCUCUCCAUAGACAUACUGUAACUAAAAUGGUAUGAAAUUAAUAUUGAAGAAAUUAAAACAAAACAAAUAAAAGCUCGAGAAUAAACGUUGGUUCCCUCACCAAAAUCUACGAGAGGAAGCACCAACAAAACAUGCAGCAUAGUUAUUGCUAACUCAUAUUCGAAUUGAUAGAAUAAAAAACAGCAAAUCAAACGAUUAAAAGUAAAUCUUUAAAAUGCAAACCCUAAAAGAGUGUAUCAACAAAAACUUAUCUAUUGAACAAAACGCAUAUACAACUAUAAUCGUAAAGAAAAAAAACAAACAACCAAACAAAAAAUAUUUCAAAAUAUAUAUAGCACAAGCAAGCUUCUGUGAUGGGUUUCAUUCAUAUUUUUAGAUCCGAUUGAAUUGGAAUGAGAAACUAAAGAAUUGCGAUGAAAGAUCACACGAGAACGCAAGAAACUUGACAGCUUGACAGAAGUUCGAAAUUUUAUAACAGCAAAGAUGUUAUGAGUAACAGAAAAUUCGGGAGACGAUACAAGAAAAAUCGACGGAACAAAGGCACGAAGCGAAAAAUAAAUGUUUCAAGAGCGCUAAGCAAAAUCGAAAAGGGAACUCUAAGCAAAAGAGACAACCAGUAGCAACGGUUACAAUUUGAAACUCGAAAUAAUCAACAAGCAUGAAAAAACACUAUGGAUGAUGAAUUGGAACACCUCAUCAGCGCACCAAUAAAUUUAAAACAAACAUCGCAAAUUGAAAAAAAGAACAAACGAGCAGUUUAGUGUAACAUAAUAACAGAUGCAACAAACACAAAUGAGGAGAAUAACAAAACAAACCAAAAACUGAAAUAUCAAGAUUCAAAAAUUGAUUUCAAAUAAAGAUAAAAGCGACAAA